AUGGAGCCCCCUACUGGAGAAACUGCCCCAUCCUCCUCCAUCUAUACCUGCGGACUACCCCAUCCCCCUCCAUCUAUACCUGCGGACUACCCCAUCCUCCUCCAUCUAUACCUGCGGACUGCCCCAUCCUCCUCCAUCUAUACCUGCGGACUACCCCAUCCCCCUCCAUCUAUACCUGCAGACUACCCCAUCCUCCUCCAUCUACACCUGCGGACUACCCCAUCCUCCUCCAUCUAUACCUGCGGACUACCCCAUCCUCCUCCAUCUAUACCUGCGGACUACCCCAUCCUCCUCCAUCUACACCUGCAGACUACCCCAUCCCCCUCCAUCUACACCUGUAGACUGCCCCACCCCCCUCCAUCUACACCUGCGGACUACCCCAUCCCCCUCCAUCUAUACCUGCAGACUACCCCAUCCUCCUCCAUCUACACCUGCGGACUACCCCAUCCUCCUCCAUCUAUACCUGCGGACUGCCCCAUCCCCCUCCAUCUAUACCUGCAGACUACCCCAUCCUCCUCCAUCUAUACCUGCGGACUACCCCAUCCUCCUCCAUCUAUACCUGCGGACUACCCCAUCCUCCUCCAUCUAUACCUGCGGACUACCCCAUCCUCCUCCAUCUACACCUGCAGACUACCCCAUCCCCCUCCAUCUACACCUGUAGACUGCCCCACCCCCCUCCAUCUACACCUGCGGACUACCCCAUCCCCCUCCAUCUAUACCUGCAGACUACCCCAUCCUCCUCCAUCUACACCUGCAGACUACCCCACCCCCCCUCCAUCUACACCUGCAGACUGCCCCACCCCCCUCCAUCUACAUCUGCAGACUGCCCCACCCCCCUCCAUCUACACCUGCAGACUCCCCCAUCCCCCUCCAUCUACACCUGCAGACUACCCCACCCCCCCUCCAUCUACACCUGCAGACUGCCCCACCCCCCUCCAUCUACACCGCAGACUACCCCACCCCCCCUCCAUCUACACCUGCAGACUCCCCCAUCCCCCUCCAUCUACACCUGCAGACUACCCCCCCCCCCCUCCAUCUACAUCUGCAGACUGCCCCACCCCCCCUCCAUCUACACCUGCAGACUGCCCCACCCCCCUCCAUCUACAUCUGCAGACUGCCCCACCCCCCUCCAUCUACAUCUGCAGACUGCCCCACCCCCCUCCAUCUACACCUGCAGACUCCCCCAUCCCCCUCCAUCUACACCUACUCCCCCACCCCCCUCCAUCUAUACCUGUGGACUACCCCAUCCUCCUCCAUCUAUACCUGCGGACUACCCCACCCCCCCUCCAUCUAUACCUGCGGACUACCCCAUCCUCCUCCAUCUAUACCUGCGGACUACCCCAUCCUCCUCCAUCUAUACCUGCGGACUACCCCACCCCCCCUCCAUCUAUACCUGCGGACUACCCCAUCCUCCUCCAUCUAUACCUGCGGACUACCCCAUCCUCCUCCAUCUAUACCUGCGGACUACCCCAUCCCCCUCCAUCUAUACCUGCGGACUACCCCACCCCCCUCCAUCUAUACCUGCGGACUACCCCAUCCCCCUCCAUCUAUACCUGCAGACUACCCCACCCCCCCUCCAUCUACACCUGCAGACUACCCCAUCCCCCUCCAUCUACACCUGUAGACUGCCCCACCCCCCUCCAUCUACACCUGCGGACUACCCCAUCCCCCUCCAUCUACACCUGCAGACUGCCCCACCCCCCCCUCCAUCUACACCUGCAGACUGCCCCACCCCCCUCCAUCUACACCUGCAGACUCCCCCAUCCCCCUCCAUCUAUACCUGCGGACUACCCCAUCCCCCUCCAUCUACACCUGCAGACUGCCCCACCCCCCCUCCAUCUACACCUGCAGACUGCCCCACCCCCCUCCAUCUACACCUGCAGACUCCCCCAUCCCCCUCCAUCUACACCUGUAGACUACCCCACCCCCCUCCAUCUACACCUGCAGACUGCCCCACCCCCCCUCCAUCUACACCUGCAGACUCCCCCAUCCCCCUCCAUCUACACCUGUAGACUACCCCACCCCCCUCCAUCUACACCUGCAGACUGCCCCACCCCCCCUCCAUCUACACCUGCAGACUGCCCCACCCCCCCUCCAUCUACACCUGCAGACUGCCCCACCCCCCUCCAUCUACACCUGCAGACUCCCCCAUCCCCCUCCAUCUACACCUGUAGACUACCCCACCCCCCCUCCAUCUAUACCUGCAGACUGCCCCCCACCUCCAUCUAUACCUGCAGACUGCCCCACCCCCCCUCCAUCUACACCUGCGGACUACCCCACCCCCCCUCCAUCUACACCUGCAGACUACCCCACCCCCCCUCCAUCUACACCUGCAGACUGCCCCACCCCCUCCAUCUACACCUGCAGACUCCCCCACCCCCCUCCAUCUACACCUGCAGACUGCCCCACCCCCCCUCCAUCUACACCUGCAGACUGCCCCACCCCCCCUCCAUCUACACCUGCAGACUACCCCACCCCCCCUCCAUCUACACCUGCAGACUCCCCCACCCCCCCUCCAUCUACACCUGCAGACUGCCCCACCCCCUCCAUCUACACCUGCAGACUCCCCCACCCCCCUCCAUCUACACCUGCAGACUGCCCCACCCCCCCUCCAUCUACACCUGCAGACUGCCCCACCCCCCGUCCAUCUACACCUGCAGACUCCCCCACCCCCCUCCAUCUACACCUGCGGACUACCCCACCCCCCCUCCAUCUACACCUGCGGACUACCCCACCCCCCCUCCAUCUACACCUGCGGACUACCCCACCCCCCUCCAUCUACACCUGCGGACUACCCCACCCCAGUUGAAUAGUUUCCUGAUCACCGGUGCUGCACUGGAGCUGGCAGUCCUCUUCGUCAGAGCCGUCCUUGCAGUCCUGCUCUCCGUCACACACGUGAGCGUGCAGGACACACUCAGAGUUGUCUUUACACGGUUUGGCCACCAGAGAGCAGUGCAGAGGCACCGAGGGGAGCACAGGGACCGAGGGGAGCACAGGGACAGGCUGCUCAGUCUUAUCCUGCUCCUCUGA